ACACCCUAAAGUACUGGGAUGAGUUACAAAUACUUCCAAACAAGAAGUUCCCCAUCAUUUUCGAAGCCGUUUAUGGCAGGCUGGGCCAGUCAAAAUCAUCGCAAAGCUCGUACAAUCAAGCAGAAGUUAAUAAAGUCAUUUGGCUUGUCCACAAAUUACAAAAGCAUGCCGAUCUCAAUCAAAUCGGUAUUAUUUCACCUUACAGACUGCAAUGCGCAAAAAUUAAGGAGAUAUUGAAUAUCCGGAAAUUGAAGGGCAUCGAAGUGGGUACAGCUGAAUUAUUUCAAGGACGCGAAAAAGCAAUUAUUAUAGUUUCGUUUGUGAAGUCAUUUAGCCAUUUGGGCUUUGUAACAGAUCCACAGCGACUGAAUGUAAUACUAUCUCGAGCACAGUCUCUACUUAUACUUGUGGGAAAUCCUGAAACUUUGAAGAGCAAUGGUGAUUUUGAGUACCUCAUAGGUGAAUGCAAACGGAUGGAAACGUUCCACAAAAUUAAUUAGAAUAAAAAUGUACGAGUUCCUUAAAUGGAUGAUUGGAAAACAAGUGCCUUGACAACUGCAUCACCAGAAUAUUU